AUGAACCAAACCAGAAUUUCCAUCACUGGGCUGUUUGAUGAACGAUGCAUUAUGUAUAGGCAGCUGGCCGCUUUCUCUAAUCCCCCCCCUCUUUUUCUAUCUCUCUCACUCCUCCUUCUCUUUCUUUAUCUCCCCCUUCUCUUUCGCUCCCUUCUCUUUCCCCCUCUUUUUCUCUCUUACUCACUCUGUUCUCUUUGUCUCUCUUUCUUUCUCUUACUCUCUCUUGCUCCCUUCCUCCUUCUCUUACUCUCGCUUGCUCCCUUCCUUCUUCUCUUACUCUCGCUUGCUCCCUUCCUUCUUCUCUUACUCUCGCUUGCUCCCUUCCUUCUUCUCUUACUCUCGCUUGCUCCCUUCCUUCUUCUCUUACUCUCACUUGUCCCCUUCCUCCUUCUCUUAAUCUCUCUUUCUCCUUCUCUUACUCUCUCUUUCUCCUUCUCUUACUCUUGCUCCCUUCUUCUCUUACUCUCUUGUCCCUUCCUUCUUCUCUUACUCUCUCUUCUUCCCCUUCCUUCUCUUACUCUCUUUCUCCUUCUCCUUCUCUUACUCUCUCUUUCUCCUUCUCUUACUCUCUCUUUCUCCUUCUCUUACUCUCUCUUUCUCCUUCUCUUACUCUCUCUUUCUCCUUCUCUCUCUCGCUUUCUCCUUCUCUCUCUCUUUCUUCCCUUUUUUGAUCUCUCCCACUCCUUUCUCCUUCUCUCACUCUCUCCUCUUUCUCUCACUCUCUCUUGCUCCCUUCCUCCUUCUCUCACUCUCUCUUGCUCCCUUUCUCCCCUCUUGCUCUUGCUCCCUUCCUCCUUCUCUUCUCUUCUUUCUCCUUCUCUCUCUCUCUCUCUCUUUCUCCUUCUCUCUCUCUCUCUCUCCUUUUUAAUUGUUUUUGUUUUACCACUGUGUAUUACUCUCCCUUUGCCUCUCUCUCCAUCUUUCCCUUACACAGGUAUUUUCUUGUCUCUUACUCCACCCAAGUUUUCUUUUGACUUCUUUUUCUUCCCUGAUGUUGAUCAGACACCCAUUGCUUCUUUCCCCAUCCCCACCAUGCACUGA